AUGCCAGAUUCGUCAAUGUCAUUAAAUCAUCGAUUCCAUUUUCAUGAAUAUAAAAAUUAUAUUAUUCCGACUAAUUCAAAAUCACGAUUUCAACUACUUUACCUCAUAUUUACUAUUAAUUUAGUUCUUUUUAUAAUAACUUAUCAUCGUCUUAUACUCGUAAAAUCUUCGUCAAUUAAAAAUUUUCUCAUCACCAAUCAUAUCGAAGACGACGAACAAAUAUCUUCGAUUUGUGCUAUACCCCGUUUUGAUCCAUGGGAUCAAACUGUUUCGAAAUUAUUACAUCCCCAAUCAUUAUAUCGUUGUCCGACAAAUAAACGAAACUUAAUAAAUGUUAUCAAUUAUACGCAAUUAUUUAUCAAUCAAACAGUAAAUAGAACAGAUUUUUCUAGUUCAAUAACACAUUGUGUGUAUUUAAAAAUCGACCGAAAUCCUGAAGAAAAAUAUUUUCGUGAUUGGUCUUAUACAUUAUCGGAACCAAUACUAAUCACUAAUGGAAGUACAGAUGCAAUUCUAGACGUUGAUUUUGUUCUUACGCGUUGUUUCAAUAAUCGAACGGGAUAUUUCAAUGGAAAAAAGUUUUGCGGUUACAAUUGUUCAUCUGAAGGUACAACAAAUCAAAUAUUUAAUGGAUCUUCAUUAAUAUCUGAAAACAGCAGUCUAGUCUAUGAAUAUGUUCAUCCAUUAGUUCGUUUAAAAAAACCAACAUUCUCUCAUAACGUUCAGAUAGAGAAAAAGCCGGACGGUUUUUCCACAAAAAAUAUUUCAUCUAAUCAUUCUCCACCAUCUGUAAUUAUGGUUAUACUCGAUGCUGUUAGUAAUCUUCAAGCGCAACGUGCUCUACCACGAACAUUAGACUAUUUAAAAUCUCUUGGUUUGUAUACAUUUCAAAGUCAUGCCAUUGUCGGCGAUGGUACAUUUGAAAAUAUUGUUCCAAUGUUAUUCGGUAAAGCAGCUGUUGAUCUAUUAGUUCCAAAUGUAAAUGAUAGUCGAUAUGAAUUUUUGGCAACUGAAAUUGAAAUCGAUCCAAAAACGAAAAAGUCGAAAGAAAUUAAAAAAAUUGUUCACUAUCCUGGACCCUUUGAUAAUUAUUCGUUGAUAGUAAAAAAUUUUUCGCGAUUAAAUUAUACAACAUUUUUUAGUGAAGAAUGGCGUGAAAGUGCGUUUUAUAAUUUAAAGAAUGGUUUUCGUCAAACACCGACAGACUUUUAUUUGCGUCCAUAUUGGUUAGCAUUAUAUGAAACAUUAUCCUAUAAUAAAUAUGCUGGAAAUUCGAAUCCUAAACCGUGCUAUUUAGAUGAGUUAUUACAUCGUUUAUCAUUGAAUUGGUUGAAACAAUUCUUAGAAGUUCACCAUAAAACACCGGACCAUCGAACGUUUGGUAUAAUGAAAAUUAAUGAAAUGAGUCAUGAUUAUUUAGAAAGAUUAUUUUGGAUUGAUAAAGAUUUGGAAACAUUUUUUCAAGAUUUAUUUCAACGAAAUUUAUUAGAUAAUACAAUAUUAAUAUUUUGUGGUGAUCAUGGACACCGACAACAUCAGCUGAGACUUACGCGUGUUGGUAGUUUUGAAGUUAAAUUACCUUUUUACUCAAUGAUUUUACCUCAAACGUUUAAAGAAAAAUUUCCGCAAGCCACUGAAAACCUCAGAAAAAAUCAACAUAUGCUGACAUCAUGGUGGGAUGUGUAUGAAACAUUUGCUAAUAUUUUAAAAAUGGUUGAAGAACCCGAUCUAUUCGAUCCUCUUCGCGUGAAUUGGCGUCCGACUACGUCCGGUAUAUCACUCUUUCAUCCUAUACCUGAACGAACUUGUUUAUCAGCUGGUAUUAGAGAUAAAUAUUGCCCAUGUUCGCGUGCAAAAGCAUUCGACACAAAUUUAUCUAUUGUAAAAGAAUUAGCAACAGCCAGUAUCAAACAUAUAAAUAAUGUUUAUUUAAAAGCUCAUAGACAUCUAUGUAUGGUAUAUACUCUUAAGACUGUAAUUCGUGCUGAAGCUGAAAAAUUUCAAAACACAAACUCAACAAGUACUAAUGAUUCCGUGCGAAAUAAUUUCACACAUCUAUUUACGGUACUUUUCGAAGUACUACCAUCGAAUGCAAUAUUUGAAAGUAAUAUACUCUAUAAUGAACCAACAAACACUAUUAAGUUGCACAGUGACAUUCUUCGAAUUAAUCUUUAUGGUCGAACGUCAGAAUGUAUAAAAGAUAAAUAUCAGUUACGUUCGUUUUGUUAUUGUAUGUCGAACUAUCGACAAAACAAAAAUUCUCGAUGGAAAAUUAGUUUAAAAAAAUAUAAUAUUUCAAUGCGUCAUAUACGAAAGAGGAGAACUAGCAAUUAA